AUGAGGUACCCUCCGCAGCGGACAACCCUCGCCGUUGCCCGACACGUCUACGGCUCCGUCACAUCGCGACGCCCUCGCCGCUCCUUCCACCUCACCUCAUCGGCAGGCCUGCCGCGAAACCGACACUUCUUCACCUCGAAUCCGUUCCUCUCCAGCAUCCCCGCCGACCAAUCCAAGUCUGCCCCUCGGACCCCGAGCACUGAAUCUCAACCAGCGUCGUCAUCCGCCGCCGCCAAGCGCAAGCCUACCCGCGCGACCACGGCCAAAAACUCCCUCCGCCGAGUCGCCAUCAUUGCUCAGCAACCAAAGCGCGCAGGCAGCCAGCCAAGUCCGCACGGCGCAACGACUGACGUCGAGACCACCAUAAGCGCAACCUGCGUCGCCGAAUCUUUCAACAUGCCCUCUGUGGUCGAGAUCCUCUCCUCGCACGGCUUCGUCAUCGACCCCGACAACACGGGCUUCGACGCCAGCGAAGUAGUCCAUGCCAAGGGCGUCAACGGCGGGGACAUCUUCGUCUUCCCCUCGGGCACCAUAGUCACAUGGUCACUGCCGCCAGACAUCGUCACGAGGCAAAUCCUCCGCGCCGCCGAGGAACCACACCCCCCCCAGCUCCGCGAGGCCGAGGACCUCGACUUCACCACCGACACGGCCCGCGCAGAGUCCACCAUGAAGGGCGACAUGGUCGUGCUCGGCACCCGCCGCGAGCACAAGGAGGGCGACACCCUCGACACGACCCUCGCCAAGAUCGCCUUCUCGUCCGGUCUCGCCAGGAGCACCAAGCUCGCUGUCCUCGAGAGCGCAUUGACCGCCUACUUCGAGAGCACCCGCAACAUCCCCGCCGUCCUGUCCCGGGGCUCCGGCCUUCCUCUCGGCCGCAAGUUCAUCCUCCAAAAGACGGGCGAGUUGCUCAGUCUACGGGCCCGGCUGAACCACUACUCCGAGUUGACCGACUCCCUGCCCGACAUCUUCUGGGACAGCAGAUCCGAGCUCGGGCUCGAGGGGUACUACGACCAAGUCGGGCGUGCGCUAGACGUCAACGUUCGAAUCCGCACCCUCAACCAAAAGAUGGACUAUGCCCAGGAGAUAGCUACUGUGUUGCGCGAAAUGUCGAGCGAGCAGCACGGCACGAGGCUGGAACUCAUCAUCAUCUUGCUAAUUGCCGUCGAGGUAGUGUUUGAGUUGAGGAGAAUCGUUCUGGAGUGGGGGCACGAGAGGGAGGCGGCCAGGGCGGCAAAAUGA